AUGUCCAGCGACCCCUACCACACCUUCGCCGCAGACCUGCGCAAGGCGCUCGCCAGCGCCUCGGAGCGCGCCUCUGCGCUCUCGCGCGCCCGCAGCUCCGGCGCCGCGCGCGACGCCCAGCGCAACGCCCACGACGAGCUGCUGGAUGCGCUCGAGGCGCUGCAGGCCGACAUUGAGGAUGUGCGGCAGAGUGUGGUGGUCGUCGCACGCACGCCGGAACGCUUUGGUGUGGAACAUGCGGAGUUGGAACGGAGGAGAGCGUUCGUGAAGGAGUGCGAGGAGGAGUGGCAGAGGCUUUCGCGCGCUGCGGGAUCGAGACCGUCUAUGGGAGCGCGAGGCGCUGAUAUGGAAGAGGGCGCGGCCGAAGACGAUGAUGUGGAGGCUUUCGAGCGGGAGCAGCAGCAGCUGAGCUUCGCUGGCUCCAUCCUUCAGUCGCUGCUGGCAAAGCAAGACUCCACCCUCUCGAUGAUCGGGCGCUCCAUCACGACGCUGCGGGACCAAGCCUCGACGAUGGGGCACGAGAUUGCAGAGCAAGUCGAGCUCGUCACGACGUUCGACACUGAGGUGGAGCAGAGCCAGAGCCGCUUGAAGCGCGCCAUGGGCCGCAUGGACGAGCUCGCGAGAAGGAGCGAUGAGCGCUGUGGAGGGUGGCGCUCUUCUUCGUCCUGCUCCUCGUCGUCCUCAUCUAGCUCGGACCACGGACCGCGAGCAGCGGCCGCGCGGCUUGCCAAGCGCUUCGUCUCUGCUUGA